CCAUCCUUGAAUAUCUAUAUAAAGCCCCCACCCUUCUUUAUCCUCUUCGUAAUAAGCCAAAACCCUCUCUCAUUCUCUUUCCCUCUUCAACUCAACCACACACUUCUUAGAUCAAAAGCUAUCUUUGUUGCUUUGAGUUUGAACCUUGAAUCUAUCAAUCAAUCAAAGUGGGUGGUGACUCAUGGAAGUGAAAGGAAUAAGGGCAAGCAACUCCACCACCACCACCACCACAAUCCAAAGUGAGGAUGAGAUGGACCUUCGAAGAGGUCCUUGGACCGUCGAUGAGGACCUUGCUCUCAUCAAUUACAUUGCCAAUCACGGUGAAGGUCGAUGGAACUCUCUUGCUCGUUCAGCUGGACUCAAACGAACUGGCAAGAGCUGCAGAUUGAGAUGGUUGAAUUAUUUGCGUCCUGAUGUUCGACGUGGAAACAUCACACUUGAAGAACAGCUUCUUAUUCUUGAACUCCACGGUCGCUGGGGAAACCGUUGGUCUAAAAUUGCUCAAUAUUUGCCGGGAAGAACCGAUAAUGAGAUUAAAAACUAUUGGAGAACCCGUGUCCAAAAGCAUGCCAAGCAACUCAAAUGUGACGUGAAUAGCAAGCAAUUCAAGGAUGCCAUGCGCUAUCUUUGGAUGCCGAGGCUGGUGGAGCGCAUUCAAGCCGCCGCGGCUGCCACCACCACCGUGGCGGCUGCGGGUUCUCCAACGGCAUCUGCCAGUGCUACCACAACCAUCACCACCAACAACAACACCACCACAUACAACUACUACGACAACAACAACCUUAACAACAGUUUUGAGGUGCACAGUGGGAACAUGAUGGUGAGAAAUCCAACAAUCAUGAACAACAAUAACUUUUGUGGUUCACAUAGUUACACUCCCGAGAAUAGUAGCACGGGUGCAUCAUCGGAUUCGUUUGGUACACAGGUUUCACCUGUCUCGGACUUGACUCAGGAUUAUUACAGUAAUGUCACGGCUGGGAAUAAUAACAACAAUAACCCUAAUCCUGAUCAGUAUUACCAACAAGCACAUGAUCAACUGAGUUUCUUAGACUGCAUCACAAGCCCAUCAGGGUUGUUCGAUUUCCAACCCAUGGAACCAAACACCCCGUGGAUUAAUCUGAGUAAUGUUGGGGACACGUCCAACGGUUUCUGGAAUGUUGAAAACAUGUUGCUCUUUCAACAAUUCUCUGACAACAACAUGUGAAACAUUCGUAGGAGAAUUCAUGGUGAAAACCGUGACGAAGGGGGGAAAUAUUGUUAAAUUUACAGAUGAUAAAGUUAUAUAAGUAGAAAAUUGAGCAAAUAGAAUAAAUUCAUAUGUAGGACACACGUAGGAUCCACGACAUGGACAUAGAUUUUAAGCUAAGGAUAUUAUAAGAGCAAAGAGAAGGAAACUGUGAAUUACUUUUUUUAAGUUUAAUUUGUACGGACUUUUUUUUGUUCUUUGAUUUUCCUUAUUUUAAAGGGGGUGUGGGAAAUAUUUGUAAUUUGAGCUUUCUCAGUAUAAGAUUUCAUUCUUUGAAA